AUGAAACAGAAACUUUCGUGCAUAUUUGUCAGAUCUUCUUUGCAUUUUUUUUUCUUUGUUUUUGCUCUAAACAAGAUGCAUAGAGGCGAUAACAUUUACUUAAAUAUAACACUAGUGAGGCAUAAGAAAGGAGUGCGAUUUAAAAAUGUGAAAAUCUAUCUUUUCGAAAGGACACAAGGAUUUGAUGCUGUUCCGUCUUCCGGUGGCUUUGCACUUGGAAUGCAGAAGAAACAUUUCGAUAUGUGUGAAGUUGCGCUGUGCAGCAAAAUAACCGAUGACAUAACUAAGUCGCAAGACAAUAAACCAGUUGCGAAAAAUUUGGUUGAGCAAAUGUGCACAGUGUCAACCAAACGUAAACGAAGAUAUUGCAAUGCAUUGGACGAAAACUCUGCAGUGACAAAAAAACUAAGAUUCAGUUAUAGACUAGUGGACCAAGCGUUACCAAAAACGAAAGCAACUACAAAUGUAGAUAGUGAAAAGUCAAGAACAUCUGAAUGGAAAUCGUUAAAAAGUAUGCCAGAGGAUGCAUCUGGACAUGGUGACAGCAUGGAAAAAGAAAGCGAGGAAGAUAAUAUUUACGUAGUGAAGAAAUAUUUCCGUCCACUCAGUCGAAGAAUUAGAUUACUCAAAUUGAGGAAUGCAGGUUUUAAGAAAUUUUUAAAGGAUGAUCAAGUAAUCUGUAAUGUUAUACGAGAAAGUCGAAAACAAUGUGGUUGUUCAUGUGGUACCUUAUCGUGUUCACCUGAAACUUGCGAGUGUUCUAAAAACGGUAUCGAAUGUUUGGUGGAUCGGCCAUCAUUCCCUUGUACUUGCACAACUACAAGUUGCAAUAAUCCUUUUGGUCGUCGCGAAUACGACGAAGCAGUUGUUCAUGCACAUUUCCGCUCCACUCUUAUGCGCACACAAGCGGCUCAGAAUCGAAAAGACUGUAGGGUUACCAAAUUUACCGAAAAGGAAAAGGAAUUUACGUUCGUUAACCCUGAGGAGUUACAGAAAUGCGGCGCAAUCGGUAUUGAUCUGUUGAUGGUUUCUAAGAAAGUCCUAAUGCUUUUGAGGAAUACCCGGAUUCUGAAAGUUUCGGAAUCUCGAUCCUUUCAAGAUUCCAGAGAACUUGAAGAAAUGGCGUGA